AUGACGGGCCCCAGGUUUAAAAAUGGCUGUACAGAGGUGUUGUCUGGACGAACCGCUGGACGAGUGGGCCAGUCGGAUUUAGGUGUUCGAAGUGGCUGUACAGAUGUGUUCUCUGGACGAACCGCUGGACGAGUGGGCCAGUCGGAUUUAGGUGUUCGAAGUGGCUGUACAGAGGUGUUGUCUGGACGAACUGCUGGACGAGUGGGCCAUUCAGAUUUAGGUGUUCGAAGUGGCUGUACAGAUGUGUUGUCUGGACGAACCGCUGGACGAGUGGGCCAGUCGGAUUUAGGUGUUCGAAGUGGCUGUACAGAUGUGUUCUCUGGACGAACCGCUGGACGAGUGGGCCAGUCGGAUUUAGGUGUUCGAAGUGGCUGUACAGAUGUGUUCUCUGGACGAACCGCUGGACGAGUGGGCCAGUCGGAUUUAGGUGUUCGAAGUGGCUGUACAGAGGUGUUGUCUGGACGAACUGCUGGACGAGUGGGCCAUUCAGAUUUAGGUGUUCGAAGUGGCUGUACAGAUGUGUUGUCUGGACGAACCGCUGGACGAGUGGGCCAGUCGGAUUUAGGUGUUCGAAGUGGCUGUACAGAUGUGUUGUCUGGACGAACCGCUGGACGAGUGGGCCAGUCGGAUUUAGGUGUUCGAAGUGGCUGUACAGAUGUGUUGUCUGGACGAACUGCUGGACGAGUGGGCCAUUCAGAUUUAGGUGUUCGAAGUGGCUGUACAGAUGUGUUGUCUGGACGAACCGCUGGACGAGUGGGCCAGUCGGAUUUAGGUGUUCGAAGUGGCUGUACAGAUGUGUUGUCUGGACGAACCGCUGGACGAGUGGGCCAUUCGGAUUUAGGUGUUCGAAGUGGCUGUACAGAUGUGUUCUCUGGACGAACCGCUGGACGAGUGGGCCAGUCGGAUUUAGGUGUUCGAAGUGGCUGUACAGAUGUGUUCUCUGGACGAACCGCUGGACGAGUGGGCCAGUCGGAUUUAGGUGUUCGAAGUGGCUGUACAGAUGUGUUCUCUGGACGAACCGCUGGACGAGUGGGCCAGUCGGAUUUAGGUGUUCGAAGUGGCUGUACAGAUGUGUUGUCUGGACGAACUGCUGGACGAGUGGGCCAGUCGGAUUUAGGUGUUCGAAGUGGCUGUACAGAUGUGUUGUCUGGACGAACUGCUGGACGAGUGGGCCAUUCAGAUUUAGGUGUUCGAAGUGGCUGUACAGAUGUGUUGUCUGGACGAACCGCUGGACGAGUGGGCCAGUCGGAUUUAGGUGUUCGAAGUGGCUGUACAGAUGUGUUGUCUGGACGAACCGCUGGACGAGUGGGCCAUUCGGAUUUAGAUGUUCGAAGUGGCUGUACAGAGGUGUUGUCUGGACGAACUGCUGGACGAGUGGGCCAUUCAGAUUUAGGUGUUCGAAGUGGCUGUACAGAUGUGUUGUCUGGACGAACCGCUGGACGAGUGGGCCAGUCGGAUUUAGGUGUUCGAAGUGGCUGUACAGAUGUGUUCUCUGGACGAACCGCUGGACGAGUGGGCCAGUCGGAUUUAGGUGUUCGAAGUGGCUGUACAGAUGUGUUGUCUGGACGAACCGCUGGACGCGUGGGCCAGUCGGAUUUAGGUGUUCGAAGUGGCUGUACAGAGGUGUUGUCUGGACGAACCGCUGGACGAGUGGGCCAGUCGGAUUUAGGUGUUCGAAGUGGCUGUACAGAUGUGUUGUCUGGACGAACCGCUGAUUUCACUGAAGGUCUACCGGUAUUCAUCUUAAUGAAUAUGACAAAAUCUAUCAAUGUCACCAAAAAUACACAUGUAUAA